UUUCAUCCCCCACAUCUCCAAUUCUGUCUCAUAUCCUCAAUCUCUCUCGCCCUCUAUACUGCCUUCUUCUCCCCAAAACCCCUUGCGCUCCGUUUCCCCACUCCAAAACGGAACAACCCACAACCCGAAACCAGACUCGAUACCGGACCCACUAACAUCGCCCACAUCCUUAUGGGAAUAGGCGGAUCAGCAGCCACAUGGAACGAUCGCGUCCGAUACAGCUCUCUCUGGUGGGACACAAAGAAAACGCGAGGCUUCGUUUGGCUAGACAAAAUGCCGAAAAACAAGAACAACAGAAAAUCCGAAAUAUCGGAACCACCGUACAGGCUUUCGUCUCCAGACUGGACCCGGUUCAGAUUCUCCAGCUCGAGAUCAGCGGUCAGGAUCGCUAGAAUAAUAAGCGAUAGCUUUAAAUCGAGGCUGCCAAAUGUGAGGUGGUUCGUGAUGGGAGAUGAUGGUACAGUGUAUUUCACUGAUAACUUAGUUUCGGUGUUAGCGAAAUAUGAUCAUAAUCGGAUGUGGUAUAUCGGAGGGAAUUCUGAGAGUGUAGAGCAAGAUUUGAUGCACGCGUACGAUAUGGCUUUUGGCGGUGGAGGAUUUGCGAUCAGUUAUCCACUGGCGGAGAAAUUAGUCAACAUAUUAGACGGUUGUCUUGAUCGGUACUAUUAUUUCUACGGUUCUGAUCAAAGGAUCUGGGCGUGUAUAAGUGAAAUCGGCGUGCCGCUUACUUUAGAGCGCGGAUUCCACCAGGUACGUGUGUAGGUUAUUUGUACAGUUGGCUUUGUUUGGAGUUUUCUUUUUCACACGUGGCAGAUAGGUCAGUCAACAGAGUUUGCCUCUCGCCUGACCGUGUUUGACGGUUAUGUGAGUUGUGGCCACGUGUAACGUUACACUAUUUGGUAAAGACAAAAAAUUUAGAAAAUUAAUAAAUUUCCUUAUUUAGGAAAUUAUUAAAUUUAAUA